AUGAAAGCUCUAAUUGUAGCACUGACCUUAGGGCUGUUUGCGAACCACAUCCUUCUAGUCCAGGGCCUCCCUAUAGAAAGCCUUGUCGUUCACAUGAGAAGAUGCAAAUGUGCCAGACAGACUUCCGCAGUCUUUAACCUCGCGAACUUUAAGUCUGUCCAAGUGUUUCCUCAGAGUGUAUACUGCCGAAGGAAGGAAGUCAUAUUAAUCACAAAAAAGAACCGGAAGAUCUGUGUCAAUCCUAACACCGCUUGGGUUCAGGACUUACUGAAGAGCUUGAGAAAUAGACAAUCGUAGUAAAGCGGCCAGGACAGGAAGCCACAAAUGAACUCAGAAGGAACCAAUCUGAAUCACUCCAGCAUCCCCUUUCCCUGUAUUUGUGUUUUUAUUA